AGUUAAUCUGCAACAUCUUCACUGUGUGCAACUGAGAUGACACGAGCAACUAGCAACUCGUGUAACCACAACUCACAAUGCGAUGAUACUGAAUAAUACAACAUGUCAAGACUCAAAUGGUCCAGGUCGUCUCGCUUUGGUUAACAAGAGCGACACGGUCUUCUGCUAUCUGAUAUGAAGGUUCUUGGAAAGGCGUGCCCUCUCGGUUCUAUAUGAACCUGAAAACUCAUCGCCAUGCAGCAGUCAGACACCGGACUCUGAUUCUCACGGCGCCCCGAGAGGCGUGAGAACUCGCGUCCACCACCCUCGCCGUGAACUUCAGCGCUUUGCGCAAACGGGACAACUGGCGAGCAUUUACGCGCAGAGGUGAGGCGCAGCGGAGUAUUAUGUAAUGAUGUUAUGCCACAGGAUUGGACGCCGCUGCAAGUUCCUCAUUUCAUGUGACAUGAUCUAAGAUUAGCGAGCAGAGUCCAGACCUGUGAAAACAGAUCGCAAAUCAAUCACCAUGGGAGAGCAUUUGAGUAACCGUGACUGCAGUAACCUGAGCGUGUUAAACUGGGGGCAGGUGAGGCGUCUAGACGCCAUUCUGACCGAAUCCAUCCCCAUUCACGGCAAAUGGAACUUCCCAACGUUGGAAAUGAAGCCUCGGGAUAUAGUCAAGGUGGUGCGGAGUCGCAUGGAAGAGCGCAAGAUCCACGUCCGAGAGGUCCGGCUCAACGGUUCCGCGGCCAGCCAUGUUCUGCACGAGGAUAGCGGAUUGGGCUACAAGGACCUGGACCUCAUAUUUUGCGCUGAUCUAAAAGGAGAAGUUGAGUUUCAGACCGUCAAGGAUAUUGUUCUCGAUUCCCUCUUAGAUUUCUUGCCUGAAGGCGUGAAUAAAGAGAAAAUAACUGCGGUGACAUUAAAGGAAGCAUAUGUGCAGAAGAUGGUGAAAGUAUGCAAUGACUCGGACCGCUGGAGUUUAAUCUCGCUCUCCAAUAACAGCGGCAAGAACGUUGAGUUGAAGUUCGUGGAUUCCCUGCGGCGUCAGUUCGAGUUCAGUGUGGAUUCCUUCCAGAUCCGCCUGGACUCCCUCCUCCUCUUCUACGAGUGCUCGGAGAACCCAAUGGCCGAGACGUUCCACCCCUCUAUCGUUGGCGAGAGCGUUUACGGCGACUUCAGCGUCGCUUUGGACCACCUGCAGCGUAAAUUGAUCUGUACGCGAAAUCCCGAAGAGAUCCGUGGUGGCGGGUUGUUGAAAUACUGCCACCUGUUGGUACGAGGUUUCCACGCGGCUUCUGAAACCGAGAUGAAGCUUCUUGAACGAUACAUGUGCUCGCGGUUUUUCAUCGACUUUUCAGACUUGACGGAACAAAGGCGCAAAUUAGAGUCAUAUCUGCAGAAUCACUUUGUAGGACUUGAGGACCGAAAAUACGAGUAUUUGACCACGCUGCAUAGCGUCGUCAAUGAAAGUACGGUGUGCCUGAUGGGACAUGAAAGACGACAGACUCUGAGCCUCAUCACCAUGUUGGCAGUACGCGUUCUGGCGGAGCAGAAUGUGAUACCCAAUGUAGCCAAUGUUACUUGCUAUUACCAGCCUGCGCCGUACAUUGCGGACGGCAACUUUAGUAAUUACUAUAUUGCUCAGGUGCAGCCAAUCUAUGCUUGCCAGCCCACCCACACCUUUUUGCCAUGGUUGCCCUGCAACUGAGCAUUCUUAUUAUACUAUCUCUUAGUUUUAAAACGAUUUGUGGACUACCUGUUGCUGGAAGAAGGCAAUUCCUUAAGAAGUGUGCAUUUGUGUUGUUGACGAAAACCCUGGAAAACUAAGACUUUGUCGAUAAGUCAAUGCCAGCUUGUUGCAUGGAGAAGCUACCAGUGUACCGGAUGAGGUCACUUGGAUCUGUUCCCAUGGGGCUGCACGUUUAGGCAUUACAUGGCACCGUUCCAGGCCUAAAGAAGCAAAACACUGGCUUAGCAACGUUGAAACACACCAACUCUAGACUCUUACAAAAAGCAUCUAAUCAAUGCAAGGACACAAGAACGACAGUGUCUUUGUACAUGUUCGCAUUUAUAUGUGUGUGGUACCCAUACUUGGUGACUCGAAGAGAUUAAACCUGCAAAUUUUGUUGAAAGGGUUGAUAGAUUAGCAAGCAAAGAAUGUUUUUUAAAGGUCAUUAUUCAUGUUAUCAUACUGAAAAGAACUGAAAUCAAUGGACUGGACACUUUUUCUCAAGCCAAGGAUAUUCUUAUAGGUACCAGAUACCCAAAAAAGAUGUACCAUGAUCUUAUUCAAUCGAGUGCCUUAAAUUGAAAAAUGAAAGUCAAGACAUAUUUGUUUGGUUUAUGAGUGCUGAACUAUAUUUGAUCUUCACAGUGUACAUCAGCAACUUCUGAUAAAGUAACGGUCAGUUUAAUCACGGAAGAUUGCAUAUACCCUUGUGUUUCAGGGGGUACUGUAGACAUCUCAGAUGUCUGCAACACAUAUUUCUAGUUAUAUGUUAAUUUGAUGCCCAAAUUAUGAGAACUAGAGUGUUUAUACUGUAUUUAAGUGUUAAGAAGGAGAUCUGUUUCCUUGCAAGGCUCCGGCAAGAGUUGUAUAUCUGAGCGUGUGUACGUUUUUCACAGCUUCUUGUCUCAUUUGAACUGACCUUAAUGUACUGGUGGAUUAGUGCUGGCUUAGCUCAGAUUAAAAUGUCCAGGGGCAAUGGCAUUACAUCUAAAGCAGAGGAGUAAAACAGGUUGGCUCUAAACAGGAAGAGAAUUAAUAAAAGUUGUUGAAGUCCAAAUUGUUGUUGUUACAUCCACGUUACAUCCUGACAUCUAAUUAUCACACAGCCACCAAAUCCAGAGAUUAUACCUUUGGCACUUCUGACCUACAUAACCUAAGGAAUUAAGACCAGCAUAGACACAGCGCUAAGAACCAGAGGAGAAGGUGCACCAAAGAUAUUCUUUUUCUUGAUAUUCCUCAAGAUUGUGAAGCGACAAUACAUGAUGUUAUGACAGAAUCCCUCAUAUUAUUUUAAGAUGCUGCUCUUUAAUAGCUCAGGAGAUUUCAUUGAAGUAUCAUCUUCAUCUCAGAUGUUUCUCCUGUAAAUGAGACCAUUGUUGACAUGCAGUGAGAGUAUAGAGCUAUAAGAUUAAUGUGGAGCCCAUAACUAAAUGGUCUGCACUUAUAUAGCGCCUUUUUAACGUUAUCGGUAUUCAAAGCGCUUUACACUGUGACUCAUUCACCCAUUCACACACACAUUCAUACACCAAUGGUGGCAGAGCUGCUAUGUAAGGUGCUAGCCUGCCAUUGGGACCAACUUGGGGUUCAGUGUCUAACUAAUUUGGUCUUGAAGGAAUUUGAUGCGAAAAGUAUACUUUAUAUGGCAGAUUUGGUAUCUUGGCAAAUCUGAGAUCUGUUUUUGUGACGUUCUUGAGAUCCCUUCGGAGCCUCUAGAGGAGAUACAUGUGAGAUUAUUAGAUCUUUUUCUCUCAAGAGAGUCAUCUGAGAAGCAGGACACUUAAGCAAAGGUCUCCAUUCGCUCUACAUAUACUCUCAUUUGCUGGUCGGAAUAAUCAGCUGAGAUAAAGAGAACAUAUCUGUGAUUUUUCCUUGUUGUAAAUGUUGUAAGUUUCCCCCAAACUGAUCAUAAAUAGACAGACACUCCUCUCACACACUCACUCACUCAUAUGUAAUCGUAUCUCUUAUUUUUCUACUGAUUAAUUCUUCUAUUUUUGUACAUUGUGAUGCUAAGGUCACGGUUAGGACAUUAUUCUCAUGCUGUGAAGAGUACAGUUGUUUUUUAUGAGUCGAAAGAAAACUCAACCGAUCAUUAGUGCAGUAAAGUCGCAAAAAAUAUAGUGUAAUGGAGUUGUUAUGGCAUCCAGCAAAAGCGUGGUAUACGGUUGGGUGCUCACACAAGUGUGAAUGUGUUGUCUCUGUCUGUUAUGUUUGCUUUAUCUUCUAAAUUAAAUUGGCAUGUGAAUUCAGAUGUGGAAUACUGAGCUCACUGAACUGACGGUCUUGCAAUGCAUCAUGUAUUUCAAACACGAAUGACUCAUUAAAUGGGGAUUUCAAACAUCUAAAUGGCUCAAUCAAAUAUCAUGUUUUUGUUUUGACCUAUAGGAUUUGUUUUUACUCAAUAUGACCCUGGUCUUUCAUUUUUGGCCCAAAGAUGAUCUGUUCCUCUUUUGUGGUUUCAACAAGACCAAUCGCUGCCAAAGCUACACAGUAUGAUAUUCUUAUGUUUAAUGAUAUGCCAUGCCGAAUAGACCAGUAAGCUGUUAUGUAGACUUUUUGGUCCACCAGAUUCACUGUAAAGACAAUGCAGGUUUACCAAACCUUAAUAAACCUUUUUCCAGAG